AUGUCUGUAUAUACUAUACUCAAUUUGGCCACUAAACCAUGCAAAAACCACAUCCACAAUGUUUCAAAAAGGUCACUUUUCCACUGGAUUAAUAAGCAAUUCAAUGCCCUCGAUGAGGAUAGAAAGAAACUGGUAGGACCCGACCGAGUGUGUGCCGAAUGGAUCCUAAGAAACGGCGGAAAAGUGAAAUUCGUUGACGCCUUUGAAUCAGAAACCGACUAUAAUAACUUACCAAAAGAGGAAGUCCAAGUGAAACUCCAGGAAAUUGAUGCUACAGGCAGCUCAAUAAUGGCCAACGGUUUCGAACAUUUAAAGGGGUGCAACCACAUAAGUAAAAUCAUACUGGAUCAGUGCAGUUAUCUAGAAAAUGAGGCUCUGGAGGGGCUCAGUUAUGUAAAGGACUCUUUGUUAUUUUUGCAAGUUUCCCGUUGCGGCAAUAUUACAGAGCAAGGACUUGUGCACCUACUUAAACUGGUUAAGUUGAGGACCCUCAUAAUAUUUGGAUUGCCAUACUUGAAAGAUAGAAAAAAGAUGCUCGAUGUGUUGGGUAAAGGGUUGAAAACUUGCCAGAUUACUUUUGAGGAAUAAGGUUUUUGCGUUAAUUCAUGUCCUUUAAUAAAAUACAUGUUUAUAGUA